AUGGCGCAAGCCCAAGAUAAACAGAAGGAGUACUCUGACCGAAAUGGAAGCGGAAACAUGAACGUGUUUAAGAGCAACAAGCUGAAGCACCGCUUCAUUGGACCCUUCACGGUCCUCAGCCGGCAUGGCGCGGCGUACACCAUAGACUUGCCCAAGUCGAUGACGACUCACCCGACGUUU